GGUGACCCUACGGACGCUGCCACCUCGUCUCUGCCAUCGCCCGACCUCCACCCCUGGGACCGGGAAUGCCUGUCGGGGAGAGGAACGGGGGUCACCGCGCACACUCUGGGGAAGCGAAUGCGUAGAGGAACGGGGCGCGCUUCAGAGCAGCCGAGGGUUCCAGGAGAAGCUGCCAGGUGGGGUGAGAAGAGGACUUCUGAUUUCGGAGUAUAACAAGGAGGUCGUGAAGAAGGCAUAUCCUACCGCUCUCAAGAAAUGGCUGCCCAAUGUGUCACGAAGGUGGAGCUGAAUAUUUCCUGUGACAAUCUUCUGGAUACGGAUGUAGUGUCAAAGUCAGACCCUUUAUGCGUGUUAUUUUUGAAUACGAGUGGUCAGCAAUGGUAUGAGGUUGAACGCACAGAGAAGAUUAACAAUUGCUUGAGUCCCAAAUUUUCCAAGACAUUUAUUAUUGAUUACUACUUUGAAGUGGUUCAGAAAUUGAAAUUUGGGAUUUAUGACAUCGACAACAAAACUAUUGAACUGAGCGAUGAUGACUUCUUAGGAGAAUUUGAGUGUACCCUGGGACAGAUUGUUUCCAGUAAGAAGCUAACUAGACCACUGAUGCUUAAAAAUGGCAGACCUGCAGGAAAAGGGACCAUUACGAUUUCAGCUGAAGAAAUAAAGGAUAACAGAGUGGUAGUGUUUGAAAUGGAAGCAAGAAAACUGGAUAAUAAGGAUCUAUUUGGAAAGUCAGAUCCAUACCUGGAAUUCCACAAACAGACAUCUGAUGGAAACUGGCUAAUGGUUCAUCGAACAGAGGUUAUUAAAAACAACUUGAAUCCUGUGUGGAGGCCUUUUAAAAUCUCUCUUAACUCUCUGUGCUAUGGAGAUAUGGACAAAACCAUUAAGGUAGAGUGUUAUGAUCAUGACAAUGAUGGGUCACAUGAUCUCAUUGGAACAUUUCAUACCACCAUGACAAAACUGAAAGAAGCCUCCAGAAGCUCACCUGUUGAAUUUGAAUGCAUAAAUGAGAAAAAGAGGCAAAAGAAGAAAAGCUACAAAAAUUCAGGUGUUGUCAGUGUGAAACAAUGUGAGAUUAUAGUGGAAUGCACAUUCCUUGACUAUAUCAUGGGAGGAUGUCAGCUGAAUUUUACAGUGGGAGUGGACUUCACUGGCUCCAAUGGUGAUCCAAGUUCUCCCAACUCCCUUCAUUACAUCAGCCCUAAUGGUAUUAAUGAGUAUUUGACUGCUAUCUGGUCUGUGGGGCUGGUCAUUCAAGAUUAUGAUGCUGAUAAGAUGUUUCCAGCUUUUGGUUUUGGUGCUCAGAUACCUCCUCAGUGGCAGGUAUCACAUGAAUUUCCAAUGAACUUUAAUCCGUCCAAUCCUUACUGCAAUGGAGUCCAAGGUGUUGCAGACGCGUAUCGGACCUGCCUUCCUAAGAUAAGACUCUAUGGACCAACUAAUUUUUCUCCAAUUAUAAAUCAUGUGGCUAGGUUUGCUGCUGUAGCCACACAACAGCAGACAGCUUCUCAAUAUUUUGUGCUCUUGAUUAUUACUGAUGGUGUGAUCACAGACCUUGAUGAAACCAGACAAGCUAUAGUUAAUGCUGCCAAGCUGCCCAUGUCCAUCAUCAUUGUUGGAGUUGGAGGUGCUGACUUCAGUGCCAUGGAGUUUCUGGAUGGUGAUGGUGGAAGUCUCCGGUCCCCCUCGGGUGAAGCAGCCAUCAGAGAUAUCGUCCAGUUUGUACCUUUCAGACAGUUCCAGAAUGCUCCAAAAGAAGCGCUUGCUCAGUGUGUCUUGGCAGAGAUUCCCCAGCAGGUGGUGGGCUACUUCAACACAUACAAACUUCUUCCUCCGAAGAACCCAGCUACAAAGUAAAAUUUGUGUGGCCACCGCAGCCGAGUUCCUUUGUGCCACGUGGAGCAGUGGAUCCCUCUCUCAUCUCAAAUCAUGAAUCUGUCAUUUUGUGUACUUUUCACCCCCAGCAUUUAUGAUGUAAGCCUAGUUCUCAAUGGAUUAUAUCUGUUCAAAGCAUCCUUUUUAUACUUUGGGGAAAGUGCCAACUUAAUUGUUGCCCAAUCAAUUCAGUGAUAGCUAGUGAUUUGUAAUAAUUGCAUUGAGGCUCCUUGGAUUAGAAGGUGCGGGGUUAGGAGAUUCUGUUGUUAUUGUUGUUUACUUUCAUAUGAUGAAAAUGGUGUCAUUGAAUGUUUGUCAAUAAAAAGAACGAAAAAUUGUUAAGAUGAUGUCAUUUGCAAGUUGCUGUACUUGUUUUUUUUUGCUUUAGGCAGUGUAUAUUUUGCAAGCCAGCAUCCAUACCUGAUUAGGAGAGCUUCUUAAAUGAAAUGAUAUUGAAUGUGUUCCUAACUCUGCAUUCAGUGCUUUUUCAUGAGGGAAAAACCACUUCACUCACUCUUAAAUUUUGCUGCAGAAUAGAAACUGCAUGGUUUAUAAAACAGUACACGUUUACAUAGGACCUCUUGCAAAGUACUUAUUGUGAAAAGGGAGGCCAUAUAUUCAGUUUGUAAAAUGUACAAUCAACAGAUAAAAAGAACCUGAUGUAAGUAAGUUAUUUUCAUUUGGCUUUCUAGAUCUUUUAUUUUCAUUGUGAAAAUCUCCAGACACAGUCAGAUUUGGCCUUUCUUUUCACUGAUUGCAUGUGACACUCAGGAUUCUGUAGAUGCUAAGAUGAUUUGUCCCAGAUUCUACGUUAUUAGCUUAUUUUAAAUGAGGUUUGUUAAAAUGGUUAGGACUGCUUUGUCCAGGAACAGUGAGAACCAAACAUAUAAUGGGAAAUUUAUUUCCUUCUAAGUGAUGAAAUACUUUACUUAUAAAAAGAGACAGUCUCAUGUGUUUUAUGUACAGAAUCAUUUAGACAUUUUCUCCUUUUUUAAAAUAGCAUGUUUAAGCUCAUGAUACUAGUUAUCUAUUAAUCAAAAUCACAUUUUCCAUUUUAAUAAUGUAUUAUCUCCUAGGCCUACAAUGUAUUAAGCAUAAAAUCUGCUGUAACUUAAAAAAAAAAAAUUUUUGCAACUGCUACAUUACUGGACUUUUUAUAUGCUUUUUUUAGAGAUGAAAUUUUUCCCCUGACUUUUACCUUUUAGAACAUACUGCUUAGAGACCAUUACCUUUUCAGAAUGGUUGCAGUAACAUUUAUUGAAGACUUGUGUGCCAAGUACUAUGCAUAUCCAUAUGUUGGCCAGUCAUCUUUAACGAUUCAACAUUAAAAAUUGUGUGUUUAUUAGACAUCCUUAAGCUUAUGCAUACAACACUGUGCUGACAUGCCUUUCUGUUUUGUUGAAAAACCUGCAUCCCAGCCCACUCCUCUUCUGUACUGCAUUGUCUGAAGAAAGUGAAGUCUUUGUUAGCUUUGACUUCUGAGAAACAGCUCUUCGCCAAGGUCAGGCUGAGAGGGGACCUGUUUGCUGUCAUGGUUGCCUGGCCGCAGUGAGCAGUUACAAUCUCCCAUGUGGCUAGCUGGCCUCUGGAUACUUGCUAUUAAUCUGAAGGUACCUAACUUGUAGUUUGUUACUCUGUAGUAUAUCUCGUUAGUUGACAAUCAUUUUGACCUUAGCAAUUUGGAGGGAAGAAAACUGAUCAUUCUCUCAAUAGUUUGGAGUCUUAACUGCCUAAGAUGCCCUAAUUUCAGUUCUUUUUAUAUGCUUGGAAAAAGCAUAUUACUCUGGUUUUCAGAAUUUUUCUUUUUUAACCACAGGAAGCUUUUCUUUAAAAAAAAAAUUGUGAUACAAAAAUAUACACAACAAACCAGUCAUCAAUUCAACAAUUUCUACAUGUAUA